AUGUACGAGCUUCAGAAAUCACAUAAACAGCUUCCCGCCACAGUGAUAAACGUCCUGGUGAAAGAUAUAGCAUACGCUACUGAAACUCUUCCAUACGGCAAGGCGUUUACAGGACAAAGACUCUUUAACAAUCUCACCAAACUGUUUCAAAGAAAGACAGAAGAGUCGCAAUCCUUGUCACAGCUAGGAAAUUCCAAAGGAAAUGAAUCCUUAAAUCAAAUAAUAUCAACAAAGGCCCCGGAAUGGAAACACUUCGGAGGCAGUUCUUCACUGAAUUUCCAAGUGACAUCGGGUAUACCACAAAAGAAUGUCGGAAGGAAAUAUUUAUUAGAGAGCACAAUGCUUACAUUGUCCAGAUCGCGGCAUUAUAUGGAGAAGAAUGUUUUGAACUCUACAUCUUACCUCAGAAGGAACUAAAACCCAAUGGCAUCACAAGCAACCCAUCUUACUGUACAAAAUAAUGAAUUGUAUCACAGAAACGAGGUAGUCAAU